AUGUGUUUCCUGUUGUUGGUAAGUCUCAUUUUUUAUCUUUCUCUGCCAUAUUUGCCAACAAACUUACCACAAAUUUACAUUAUUUCUUUUUUAACAUCAUCAGAAGCAAAAAGAGCUAGGCCUUCUAUUGAUUCCUUGUCGGAUCUUAAUAGAAUUAUUUCAGCUGAUGGAAGUCCCAUCACUUUGAUUCCUUUUGUUGCUCGCCCCCAGAUAGAGGAGAAAAUUUGCGAAGUGAUAGGUCUAAACUUAUUUAACAUGUUUUACGAACCAUCACACCGAACUCAAGAUUAUCUCGGUAUUGUCAUUUCCGGUGGAAGUGGUACUGGAAAAACCCGUAUUGGAUUUGAAAUCAAUAAUAUUGUUGAACAUAAUAAACUUGCCAAAGGAUUAAAAGAUGAACUGAAUGCAACUUUCGAGCACAUAUACAUUAACAUGGAUGAGAUAAAAAAUUUACUUGGACCAGGACUCGAUGAUGAUGCUAAUAAUAAAUAUCCUCGAAUCCCAGAACACAUUGAUGAGGCGUAUAAAAUGCUCACUGUUUUAAUUGCGACAUACUUUUUCGCUAAAGCAUGGUCUAGAAAGAAGAUUCAAAAUGCUAUGGAAUUGAUGGAUAGUACUAAAGGCUAUGACUAUGAUGAAGUCGUUGAAUUGAUUCGCAAAGAAAAGAAGUUGGAUGAGCCUAUCACUUUGAUAAUAGUUUUGCAGAUUGACGAGUUUCAGACUGGAAAUUACUGGACAGUUACACUACUUCGCAUCAUAAGAAGUAUACUAGUUCAAGUAACACACAGAACUUUAAUCAUUCCAGUAUGUACUGGUACCGCUCCAUCUAAAAUUGCAAAUUUGGGUGAAUACACAUUUAGUAUAACUCAAUAUGCAAUGGCCAAUAUUAAUUUAUCUCCUAUGAAUUUUGAAGAUUCUAUGAGCCUAUUCAAAGAGUUUACCAUAAAUUAUUAUGGUGAUAGUGACAUUUUACCAACAGAUGAUGAAAUAUUUUACCGUUGUGCUGUGAACUCUGUAAGAGGAAUUCCUGUUAUCAUUGAAAUUGCAGUUAGGACACUUUUACAUCUGAAAAACGAAGGAGUGAGCGCAUUUCAAAAUUAUGAUACAGCGAAAAAAUAUUGGGAAAAUCUAAAGUUUCGUGUAAACCAAAAAUAUUCCAAAAAACAUUGGCUCUCAAGUUUACAUAAUGAGAAUAAUAUAAUGAAGCUAUUAUUCUAUAUCCAUGUUCAAAAGCAUGUUACUAAGAAAGACCAGUUAAGUGGUUGUACUAUUGAGGAAGUGGAAGCUAGCGGUCUUAUUUAUCUCGAUGAAACUAUUAAAGAUGUUGAAUUUAUUCCAAGAGCCCCAUUAAUCCUCAUUGUUGCAUUAGUUGAAUUUUUUGACUUGCACAUAUUUUUCGAUCCUAUUCUCUUAAACCCAUUUACCUUGAUAAAUCAAGAUAAUUUUCCAGAUUUUAUUCUUCGGAUACAUCAUGCCACAUAUGGUCUCAUGAUUCGUACCGGUAUCCGUUAUAUUACCUUAAGUGAAAUCUAUGGUCGGUAUAUUGAUGGCCCGAGAAGAGUCCUAGAUCAUAGGAUUUAUGUAGAAAUAAUUGAUUAUCAUGAACAACCACCUUUGAUCCCAAAAGAUAGUUCCAAAGAAAAGUUCACCAGACCUGAUUUAGAUAGAAAACGUGUUGCAGUGAUGUGUUCUGAAGAUAUUGAUAAAAGGGGAUACCAAGAAAUUGAUGCCACAUUAGGUAAAUAUAUUAUUAAGCUUCGUAGAAGAAUCUCAUCGGCAGAUGCAAUACUGCCACACGCUGAUGAACAAUACAAGUACAGCGAAGCAUUGGAAAGUGGGUAUCUGGUUCAUAAAGAUAAAACAGGAGAACUUAGUAUUGAUACUGUGGGAAAAGAGGUAAAGAAGGCUAAUGCUACUGGGGCAGAAAGACUUGUAAUAGUCACGCCAAAAAGAUUCGAAGGCAAUAUUCCAGAAAAUUGCGCAAUUGUAGCCGGGGCUGAUUUCGUUAAUUUUAUUAUUAUUUAUGCGGAUCUUGUCGCUAGAAUCUCAACAGAAAUAAUCGAUGAUUGA